UCAUUUUCCAUUUGGUUGCCUUUAGCAGUCGUCACCAUGACAUAAGAAACCAGAAAAACCAGAGAGGCGGAACGGAGAGCAAGAGAAGUGAGCUGCGCCGGUGAUCGAUCCGAAUCUCCGAUCUUGAAUCAAAUGGCCGGCGCCGCCUCGGCGCUUUUCCUUCUAGACAUCAAAGGCCGAGUUCUGAUUUGGCGCGACUACCGUGGCGAUGUCUCUGCUGCUCAGGCCGAGCGUUUCUUCACCAAGUUCAUCGAGAAAGAGAGCGAUCAGCAGUCGCAAGAUCCAGUGGUGUAUGACAAUGGAGUCAGCUACAUGUUCAUACAGCACAACAAUAUCUACUUGAUGAUUGCGUCGAGGCAGAACUGCAAUGCUGCUAGCUUAGUGCUGUUUCUGCACCGCCUAGUUGAUGUAUUUAAGCAUUAUUUUGAAGUGCUAGAAGAGGAGUCUCUCAGGGACAAUUUCGUCGUAGUGUAUGAGUUACUCGAUGAAAUUAUGGACUUUGGUUUCCCGCAAUUUACCGAAGCGAAGAUUCUAAGUGAGUUUAUCAAGACGGAUGCCUACAGGAUGGAGACUACGCAACGUCCUCCCAUGGCAGUCACAAAUGCAGUGUCUUGGCGCAGCGAAGGGAUACGAUAUAAGAAGAACGAAGUCUUUUUGGAUGUGGUGGAAAGUGUCAACAUACUUGUCAACAGCAACGGACAGAUAAUACGGUCAGAUGUCGUUGGGGCACUAAAGAUGAGAACAUAUUUGAGUGGUAUGCCUGAGUGUAAGCUUGGAUUAAAUGAUAGAGUUCUGCUGGAGGCUCAAGGUCGAACAGCAAAAGGAAAAGCCAUUGAUCUGGAUGAUAUUAAAUUCCAUCAGUGUGUACGUUUGGCUAGAUUCGAAAAUGACCGCACUAUUUCCUUCAUACCCCCUGAUGGAGCAUUUGAUUUGAUGACAUAUAGACUCAGCACUCAGGUGAAGCCCCUAAUCUGGGUUGAAGCACAAGUUGAAAAGCAUUCUAGAAGUCGUAUUGAAUUCACGGUAAAAGCAAGGAGCCAGUAUAAGGAGCGCAGCACGGCUACAAACGUUGAAAUUGAUUUACCAGUUCCUGCUGAUGCUACCAAUCCUAAUGUCCGUACGUCAAUGGGAUCUGCUGCCUAUGCUCCUGAGAGGGAUGCUUUAGUCUGGAAGAUCAAAUCUUUUCCUGGUAAUAAGGAGUAUAUGUUGAGGGCCGAGUUUAGUCUUCCUAGUAUUGUUGCUGAAGAUGCAGUGCCAGAAAGAAAAGCUCCCAUUCGCGUGAAGUUUGAGAUACCAUAUUUUACGGUCUCAGGAAUUCAGGUCCGGUACCUAAAAAUCAUUGAGAAAAGUGGAUACCAGUCUCUUCCAUGGGUGAGAUACAUAACAAUGGCUGGCGAAUAUGAACUGAGACUAAUCUAAAGGCAUCUUGCUUGUGCUGCUCUCAAUCGCGUAAAUACAUUCCUCAGAAUUCCUUCUAUAUUAUCUCCAGCGAUCUUGCUUCCCAUACACAGCAUUGGUUUUUGUUUGAUUAUAGCAUUGGUUUAUAGUGCAGAGGUUAAGAAAGAAGUUUUUUCCAACCAAUCUUAUGUUUUGCUUUUCUUUUUUGUUAUAACGGACGGCAGAUUGUUUCUGACCCAAAGCUUUGCUUAUUUAAAGUUAGUGAUAGGCAGAUGGUGAAAUAGUAAAUGUUGGAUUGUUUCUUAGCUCCUUUUUUAUUCAGUGUAUCAUUUUGGCAUAAUUAUUCCGUGACAGACAUG